GAAGUGCUGUUGAGCCUCCCAGUCGCUCCUUCCGUGUUCGCAUUCACAACAAACACGGAGCCAAGCGCGGAAAGCACGUUGCCACUGCCGCCGUCAACCACCUCUGCAGUUACCCGGAGGCGAACCAAAAGCGUCAAGUAGGUGGACAACGUGACUGACCUCGUUGGAUCGCCAACUGUAAGAUAUUUCUUUCGUCACUCGUUCGAAUCUUGGUCCGCUGUCGAAACGUCAGAGUGCGUCCGCCGACGUUCAUACGCAACUGUCUAUUUACCGGACGAGUAAGGCUACGUCCGAAGAGCCUUGGACGCGUUGUUGUAAGGCUUGGUUAGUGAAGCGAUAUACCGCACUACGUGCGUUACAAAGCAUCCCAACAAACAUCAGCAAGCCGUUCGCUUGUACGCCUUACGCACAUGCUAUAUUUGGCCAGUCGGUUGCGAUGGCCGAGCGUCACCGGCACCACCGCCCCAGUGGGAGAAGGCAGCCCUUGAGUGAAAUACGCACUGGGGCCAACACCGCGCCACCGCACUCGAAGGAGCCAACAAAGAUGGGUAGAGCCGCGCCAUCAUCGUCGCCCGCACAACACCUGCCACACAAUGAAUCUUUGGAGGCGAAUGGCUCACUUACGGUCCGCACGAGUCUGCCGUCCUCGCCAGAGCAGAAGCGGGUCUCGCAGAUCGCGAGUGAGCAUGACCACGACUCAAAGCGAAACUCCGCCAUCUCCACAACCUCGACAAACGCAUCGGGUCGGAGGCGCAAGACGUACAUCGGUCACUGGCAACUUGGCAAAACGAUCGGCAAAGGCGGCUGCUCGAGGGUCAGAGUGGUGCGGCACCGCUUCAAGGAUCAGUAUGGCGCGGUCAAGAUCAUCACGCGUUCUACCGCCGAAAGCACCCGUGCCCAGAGCCUGGCCAACCUUAUUGAGAGCACCAAAGGAACCGCCUCCGCUACCUCGACCGGUCACAGGCCGAUCCCGCAUGGCCUGGAACGGGAGAUCGCUGUCAUGAAGCUGCUGGAACAUCCCAACAUUGUGCGGCUGUACGAUGUGUGGGAGAACCGGAAUGAGCUCUAUCUUAUAAUGGAGUAUGUUGACGGUGGCGAGCUCUUCCAUUACGUCGAUCUGCGGAAAGGCUUGCCGGAAGACGAGACGAUAUACAUCUUCCGGCAGAUCGUGUCCGCCUUACUUUACUGCCACCGACUCUUGAUAUGCCAUCGCGAUCUAAAGCCGGAGAACAUCUUGUUGAAUCAGCAAGACAUGACAGUCAAGCUCAUCGACUUCGGUAUGGCAGCCUUGCAGCCAAAGGGCAGGCUUCUAAGCACCCCUUGCGGCAGCCCUCACUAUGCUGCACCUGAGGUUGUAAGCAGCAAACCCUACGAUGGCAUGCAAGCGGAUGUUUGGAGCUGCGGUGUCAUUCUUUAUGUGAUGCUGACUGGCACUACACCUUACAACUACUCGCCUGAUGGAGACAUUCGCGUUCUUUUCCGUGACAUUGCGCGAGCGAAGUAUUGGAUGCCGCCCGAUCUGACCUUGGAGGCAAAGGACCUGAUCAAGAAGAUCUUCCAUCCGAACCCUCACCUUCGUAUCACUAUGGACGGAAUAUGGGAGCAUGCACUUCUCCAUAAGCAUGACCAGACUUUCGGCUAUACUGGCGAUGUUGCAACUAAAGAAGCAGCGAUUGGUCCUAUGACAUCUAUUGAUCACUGGAAGAUAGAGCGCAUUCAGGACAUCGACCGGGAGAUACUGCGCAACAUGCGCACGCUAUGGCACAGCGAGACAGAGCAAAGUCUGAUACGGAAACUACUGAACAACGACCACAACCAAGAGAAGCUUUUCUAUGCAGCGCUUGUAAAGCAUAAAGAGGAACAGUACGAGAACUUUGCCGGCUAUGGGGAUAAUAUGGAGUACUCCACGAGCGACUAUCAUCAUAGCCAACCACCAAGAGCAGCAGAUGCACCGCCGUUACCUGCCGCUCAGCGCACCCAAUCGCAAUACUCAAUCUUGAACGACGAGCAUCUCAGACGGACUCAUAGCUUCGUGGAACCGCCACCGUCCGUCAGCAGCUACGAUCCUUAUCGUGCGUCGAGAACUCCGUUCGUCAACAGCGGGGGUGAGUAUAUCAACGUGACCCUCCAUCGUCACGGAAGCGCCAGCACGAGGAAGGCAAGCAUGCAGCGUAGCCUGCGCCAUCCGAACGGCCUUCGCGUAGAGAUGCUGAAGAAUGGUACACGGCGAGCGUCGAAAGAGUCCAGCUCUAGCCUCCCUCGUUCGCAACGCAGCAGAGCCUCUGUUCAACGGUCUUCGAACUCUCGUAACUCCAUUACAAGCUCCCCGUGGCCUAGCAGUCCGCCGAUCAUCGCUAUUAGGCCUUCAGACAACUAUAAGCGUGGUGUCAGCUUCAGCCAUCUUCGCCGCACCUCUACCACAAGCGCUCUUACGUCCCUCCCCUCGACCAAAGCUACACCGGCAACACCGCGUCUGCUUGGCAACAAUGGUGACAUGAAGACGCUUCGUGCGCUUGAGGCCGGGCAGCCUGGAGCGGCAACAAGUCCAACCGUGCAGGCUGCUCAUGCAGUGCGCUCACGCAAGGAGCGUGCAGUGCCAAUUGACCUGCCGAAGAUCAAGGUGAGGCGGCCAGAGUCGACGAAUAAGCACAUGCGCAGUGAGAUAAGGAAACACAGCGCUGAGCUCGAGAAGGCGUGCGAGGAAGCCUUCUAUCGCAGCUCCGUCGGCUCGAAUCUGAGCGUCAACACUACGGCGACAGAGAAGCAGUCUCCGUUGGAUACGCCUCCCUCGUCCAUAUCAGCUUACUGCUCAUCUUCGCAACCUCCACCAACAAGACCAGCUACUCGCCCGCUCCCUGAUGUCCCAAAGGACACCCCCAAUACGUACCUAACGAAGACGUUAGAGGAGACGCGGGAGAAGCUUGCAGCGUACAAGCCGUCUAAUGAAGACGGUAAUAUAGCCAAGUUCGACGAGGUCAUGCGCAUGCUCGAUAAUAUCAUGCCAAGCGGACGGCAACAAACUCCGCCAUUGGCAGAGAAGCGCAUGUUCACCGCACCAGAUGCCCGGACGCCCGAUCACUUAGGCGGCUUCCUACCUGUGAUCUCUGAAGAGAGCGACAAUCAGCGCAGCAGCCGAGAUGGCGCCAACUGGCAUCGUUCCGUAACAGCACCUGUACAUAACGUGCACAAGCCUGGAGGCCGGACGAUCCGCGCCGUGCCACCGUCCUCGCCUGGCGUUGUGGCACCUCUCAACGUGCGCAACCGUAGCAGCGGCAGCGAAGCCAGUGACGAGACCCAGCAUAGAUUGAACGUUCACAGGUCGCAAGAGCGUCUCACGCGCAAGCGCACAUCAGAGCACGUCGGCAACUUGACUGUCAUUGACGAAGACAGUACACUGCCUCCCACGCCACAGCUUGUGCGCAAGAAACGGUCAGCUUGGUUGAGAUUGGUGGCAAAACCGGAUAUCUCGGCGAGUCCGUCCACUUCAGAAACAUCAGCACCAACAACAAACGGCCGUCUCGGUGGCCGACCAGGUAAUGUGCUUCGGAAAGAGAAGGGUUUGCCCACUGAGCCACCGUCCUCGGAUCUAUCCAGUGAGUUCCCGCUGCGAAAGAAGCGCUUUGGCGCUGGUAAAGUUGGGUUCGGCAAAUGGCUGGGUCGGAAGAUGGUCGACAGGCAGAAAGAGGACAUCGACGACACUACCUUGAUGAGCGGAGGAAACGCCACGUUUCGAACACAGACGCAUACUCAGCGCUCACUCGACUCACUCUUCUCCGCUUCCUCACCAGCGCCAUCGAGCAAUGACGGUCCGCCAGACUCUGCCGAAGCAGAGCGCUCAUGGUUCAGCCGCUUUUUCAACCUCAAGCCGGCCGCCAAGAUUCUUUGCUUCUCGAUCCCGCGUGGACGCGCACGCCAAGAGCUGGUUAUCCUCUUCCGCGAGUGGCAACGUCAUGGUAUCCGGGAUUUACAGUAUAGCCGAGAGACGAAUACCAUUACCGCCCGUGUGGAUAAGCAGAAUACGCUCGACAUCAAGGCUGUCAGCUUCCGCGUUGAGAUGUUUGCGGUGCUGGAGCAUGGUCGAAAAGCCGGCUUGAGCAUCGCGCGCUUUGUGCAGAUCAAAGGUGCAGCGAGCGCUUUCAGCAAAGUUAUCGAGGUCGUUGACGGGGUGAUGAGGUGCAGAGGGUGGAUGGUGGAGGAUGGAGAUAAGUGGAGAGCUUUAUGUGAAGUUGUUGGGAGGUAAAUUUGGUGCCUUCGCAAACCUUGCUGGGUGGUUACAUCAGGCUCGUUGGAGGAGCAGAUCUUACCGCUCAUCAGUAAUUGUGCCU